GGUGGAUUGUGAUAAUUCUUCUAACUAAUCCCUUGGGGUAAAUCUGUCACCAUGUUUUGGGAUUUGAUUAGAAACAACAAUCCUGGGGGGGUAACAGAGGACAGUUUGACUCCCUGGUAGUAUCACAGCACAUAUCAUGCUAAUCAACUGGAACUAGGAUAUAUGUCUGUAAUCUGUAAUUGAUUAUUUGUGGUUUAAACAGGAAAAACACUAUUGAGGUACAUCAUUUCUCUCUUACUUCUCAUUUUAAAGUCUACAGUAUAUGGGUGUGAUCUUAUGUUGCACAACCUCUGAAAGCAUAUGAAACUAUGACAUUAAUUAUAGGCCUAAUUCUCCCUUUGCUUUUAUUUUGCACAUGGAUCACUUGGAAUGAAUCGGUGCAUGUGCCUCUCAACUGUUGAUCAUCUUUUACUGUGUGACUGGGGACCAUGACGACAGAGGUGGGAUCUGAAACAGAGGUGAAAAAAGAGCCGGAGAAGACGGUGGAGCAGCCUGCAGAACCUGAACGACCAGCCACCAACCAGACAGACGAGGUCAAGGUCGUUGAGGCUGCCGAGCAGUCCAACGAAAGCCCCGCUCUGGCCACAGACUCAGCAAAGCCAAAGGAGAACCAGGAGGAAGCUCAGCCUGCCGACAACGCCACAGGACCGGAGGGAGAGGAGCCCCCAGCCUCACCACCAGCUUCAGAGAAGAAAGGCAUCUCCAGGUUCCUCCCUCCAUGGCUUAAGAGGCAGAAGUCUCAGAGUGUGGUGGGACCCAAAGAGAGCCAGGUGACACCCAAGGAAGAGGGAGGUGUGGUUCUGGUGAAGGGUGAGGGUGAGGGUGAAAAGGCGGAGCAGGCCGAAGCAGAGCAGACAUCAUUGACCACAGCAGCUGAGCCACAGGUUGAAGAAGAGCAAGUGAACGGCGAGGCGGAGCCAGAACAGAAAGAGGAAGUGAAUUCAGAGGAACACGCGGAGAAUCAUUCCACUGGCAGUGCAGAAACUCAGCCUGCUAAGGAGGAGAAAGCAUCAGAGAAAUCCCUGGAGAAGAGUGCAGCGGAGGAGGAGGAAACAGAGGGAGGAGAGGAGAAGAAAGACCAGGAAGAGCGCUUGAAGCCCGAGGGAGGGCGUUAUUUUAUCAAGUCGCCUCUGAAACUGACCAAGAAGGUGAAGAUGGUGAUGUGUCAUGUGAUCAUGCUGGAUGGAAGCCAGUUCCCCUGUGAGGUGGAGAAACGGGCCAAAGGCCAGUACCUGUUUUUCAAAGUGUGUGAAGCCCUGAACCUACUGGAGAAGGACUACUUUGGGUUGAGUUACAAAGACAACGCUGACCAGACGUGCUGGCUGGACCCUACAAAGGAGAUCAAACAUCAGAUCUGCAAUCCCUCCUGGCAGUUAGCGUUCAAUGUCAAGUUCUACCCUCCUGAUCCGUCCCAGCUGACCGAGGAUAUUACCAGAUAUCUCCUGUGCCUUCAGCUGCGGCAGGACAUAGUUUCGGGGCGUCUGCCCUGCUCCUUCGUCACCCACUCUCUGCUGGGUUCCUACUCCCUGCAGGCCGAGCUGGGAGAUCACGACCCCGAUGAGCAACGCCUCGACUACAUCAGCGACUUCCAGUUUGCCCCCUCACAGACUAAGGAGAUGGAGGAGAAGGUGGUGGAGCUCCACAAAACUCACAGGGGGAUGACUCCUGCUCAAGCAGAUACCCAGUUCUUAGAAAACGCCAAGAAGUUGUCGAUGUAUGGUGUCGAUCUCCACCAUGCCAAGGACUCUGAGGGAGUGGACAUCAUGUUGGGAGUGUGUGCCAAUGGCCUGCUGAUCUACAAAGACCGACUCCGGAUAAACCGCUUUGCCUGGCCAAAAAUCCUCAAGAUCUCCUACAAACGUAGCAACUUCUAUAUCAAAAUCAGGCCGGGAGAGACGGAGCAGUUUGAGAGCACCGUGGGCUUCAAGCUGCCCAACCACCGCUCUGCCAAGAGGGUCUGGAAGGUCUGCGUGGAGAAUCACACCUUCUUCAGGUUAAUGACUCCAGAAGCGCCCACUAAAGCCAAGUUCCUCACACUGGGCUCUAAGUUCCGCUACAGUGGGCGGACCCAGGCCCAAACACGACAGGCCAGCACCCUCAUCGACAGGCCGGCACCCUACUUCGAGCGCACCUCCAGCAAGCGCAUCUCACGAAGCCUGGAUGGAGCGCCAGUGAUCAACAUGAUCGAGGCCCAGGACUCGGCCCCCACCUCUGUGGGGAACGGCAGGGAGCCUGGCCUGGAACUCUCCUCUGACUCCUCCAAGGUAGAGGAGGAGCCUAGCGAAAGGGCGGCGGCCACACCUACUGAAGGCACUGAGAUGAAAAGAGAUGAGCCAGACUCCUCCCAGCAGGACCUGGAUAAGACUCAGGAGGAUGUUUUGAAACAUCAGGCUAGCACUAGUGAGUUAAAGCGCAGUUUUAUGGAGGCCACCCCUGAGACGCGUCCCAGUCAAUGGGAAAAGCGCCUCACUGCCAGCCCGGCUACCAGCAUGCGUCUGCAGGCCCAAGGGAGGAGCCCCCCACCCACAACCCAGGAGCCUCUCUCUGACCUCACAGUGGACACGGUCUCUAAGAUUUCAGAUGACAAACAGAAAUCAAACGAGACAACGUUGCAGGCAGCAGAGGUUGAGAUAGAUGAGAUGGUAGUCGUCGAGGAGAUCAGGGUGGCACCCAAAGGCUCUGUCACCAUCACCACCCCCGAGGUGGUGGUCACCCCUGUCGCCGUGGAGACCGAGCUCGAGAAGCCCGAAGAGGAAGUGAUAGAGGAAGUUAAGGAGGAGCAGAAGAGGCCUGUGAGCGUGUCCUCGGAAAGUGAGAGCGAGGAGGAGGCAGGGGAGUACCACCCCCAGGUCACUGUCAGCACCUCAGUGGAACAGAUCAAAGAAGAGCCUGAGGAAGAGGAGAAGGAGGAAGUGGACGAAAAUGAAGAACCAGAGCAAGUUGCAGAGCCCGAACCACUCCCAGAGGUUGAGGUAGAGACCAUGCCUUCCCCUGCAGUAGUGGAAGAAACUCCUAUGGCAGAGCCAGAGACAGCCCUUGUGGUCGACGCCCCCGCUGAGGAGGAGCGCACCGAGGACAUCCUGGUUACCCCCGAGGAGGCCCCUAACGGGCAUGCUGAGGACCAGCCUGGCCUGGUGGCUGUGGAAGAAGAAGAAGAAGAGGAGGAGGAGCCCAGAGUCAACGGGGACGCGUCUCACGCUGAGACGGAGCGCAUUCCUCAGGUUAUUUGUUGCUCUGAGCCACCUGUGGUGAAGACCGAGAUGGUGACCAUCUCAGACACGUUUGCGGCCCAGAAGACUGAGAUUGCCACUAAGGAGGUUCCCAUCGUGCACACAGAGACAAAGACCAUCACUUACGAGGCUGCACAGCUGGACGGCAGUGGGGACGGUGAACCAGGCAUUCUCAUGACCGCCCAAACCAUUACCUCUGAGUCGCUGUGCACCACCACCACCACACACAUCACCAAGACAUUAAAAGGUGGUCUCUCAGAAACCAGGAUCGAGAAGCGCAUUGUCAUCACCGGAGACUCAGACAUCGACCACGAUCAGGCCUUGGCCCAGGCUAUAAAGGAAGCCAAAGAGCAGCACCCUGACAUGUCAGUGACCCGGGUGGUGGUCCACAAAGAGACAGAGCUGGCCGAGGAGGGCGAGGACUGAGGCACCAGAGCUGAAGAGCCUGUGAAGUUCAUACAUGGAUGUUUGAGAAACUCCUGUCAUCUCCCAAACUGAGUCAACCUGGCGAGAAGACAAGGUGAAGACAACCCAGAGGCUGAACUGCUAUGUGUCUGUGUUUCAUCGCACGCCUUCCUUUUUUUAUCACGCAGAAGAGAACCACUUAGCUAAUGUUUGUAGUGCGUUUUUAUUCUUGUGUUUUUUGCUAAAAGAAGAAAAAAUAGCUAUCAUUGUUAAAACCAGAUAGGAUUUAUCAAGUGGUAAUUUUUUAUUGUUGUGCAGUAUUCACAUUCCUAGUAUGUACAGACAGCUGGUGUUAUGAGAAAGUACAUUUCAAUAUCUAGCUUCCUGGAUUCUUGCAUCUGUAUGUGGACAGGAAGUAAGACUAGGUGGAUAUUAGCUUUGGACCUAGUCUUGUUCUUAGAGCCAGAUGUUUAUCAGUUCUUUUUUGGGGGGGGGGGGGACAGAAGAAAAGCAAAUUAAAUUUAAUUGGGUGAGUUUCCAAGGGACCAGCAUUUUGUACAUUGCAAUACAGUGCCAACACAUGUUCUUCUCUAUGCAUUCAAAACUGAAGCAUUCCAUUAAAGUGCAGGUGCUUUUCCAAUACCUCACUCAGAAAAAAAACGGUAAAAUUAAAAGCUUGGACACCUUUUUUUUUCAGUGAUUUUCUGGCAUCAUUAAUCAUAAAUAUAUUUGUAGAAUUUUUUGGGGGGUCUUUUAAACUUUUUUUGUGUAUUUAUCUGUAAACUGAUUUACUGUAGAUGUUGAUGAGGUGUGUUUGCCCCUUUAAAAAAAUAUAUUUUUAAUAUAUUUCAGAGGUUUUUUGACAGCUAAAAGAAACACAGUUGCCACCAUUUUAAUAUUUUACCUGUAGAUUAAAGAGAUGGCUGCCUCAUGCCUAGUGCUCUCUGCAGUCUGACCAACCCCACCAAGUCCAAUGACGGCAUCAAUUAGCUCUUUGGACCAUGUGUAUAGCAGAUCAUCUUAGAUAUUCAGCAGCUUGUUGCAAUUGUUUUCCCCCUCUCCACCACAGCCACCUAACCCUCUGUGUAACACUGAAAUAAACAUUUGUUAUUCUCUAA